AUGUCGGGUACUUACCUCUACAGAGUCAUCCAGUGCGUUCAAAGCAGUCCUGUGAGUAAUUUUUCUUAUUUAUUUUUUUUAAAGCUUCUUUUAAAAAAUGAUAACGUAAAAACAUUCCUAGCAAAUCAAGAUCAGCGUUUUGACCGUUUUAAGUGUUAAGAAAUUUACUGUUUCGAGAAAAAUAUAAUUAUAGAUUUUCUUCAAAGCCUUACAAAACGCUGGAUGAGCAAAUGUUCGAAGUUUUUCCAACGUUUUAUUUAAUUAUUUCACUUUUUUUCAUAAAAAGUUUAAAUUUUCUUCCAUCUUUCGGAGCGGUUUCCUUUAAGGUUCAGUAAAAUCAGCUGAAAGGAUUCAAAAAAAUUCGAUCCAAAUAACUUCACUAAAAACCAAAAAUGAUUAUUAUUUUUAUCAUAGAUUGAUAUUUCUUUGAAAUGAAAUAACUGGAGCAAAAGUACCUUGACACUACUUUUGUUAUCAAUUGAAGAAUGACUUUUCAGAGACUCCGAUAUACAGCGAGUGGUGUGGCAAAGCAGACAGGUAUGACGGCUGCCGGGACGGCGACCGGUGGAAUUUUGUUUGGACCUUUUGGAGCCCUGAUUGGAUCGAUAAUUGGAGGACUCGUGGGCUACAAGAUGGCGGAUGAUUACGGAGUGAGCUUAUCAAUGCUUCUUUUUCAUUUCGAGUCAUUUCCUCGUAAUAUUCAUCAAGCAAAUUAUAAGAAUCAAUCGAAAGAAUUAGCAAAAUAUCAUGGAAAGAAGAAAUAAUUCGAAGAAUUGAAAAUUGUAGAAUACACAAAUGAUACAUUUUUCAUAUUUUUUUGCGAGGUGGAAUUCAUUUUUCACGACAAUUUAAAAUUAUUAUUCCAUCAAUUUCAGGGUCUUCUAACCGUCCUCAACGAGCUUCCACACGAUCAAAGAGGCAUGUUGACGUCAGAAGUGAGUUUUUCAACUUUCUUGAUUUAUUUAAAUAUAUCCUCUGCGCAAGGCGUGUGGAAUUUGAGCUUUAGCUUCGAUAACCUUUUUUGAUGUUAAAAAUUCUGACAUUUUUCCAUUUCUUAUUAGCUUUUCCAAAACAACGUUGAGGCUAGGAACUUUUUGAAAAAAAUUUUUAUUUCAAAUUGUAUGAAAGCUAAUAGACAAAAAAAUCUGUAAAUCAUAACUUUCUUGGAAAUCAAAUAUAAUAACAAUAUUUUAAUAACCAGUACUGAAGCGUUAUUAUCAUUUUUUUCAGAUCCAAAAACUUGGUCGGCGGAGUCACGUUCGAACAAUUCACCCGCUGGUUCCGUGAAGGCGAUCAUCAACAACUUCUCCUCGAUCUGCUCUUCGAAUUCGCUCGCAAACAGCUUCAUUAA